UUUGGCUGUGGACGCGGGUGGAAGCGCUCCUCUCUCUCUCUCUCUCUCUCUCUCUCUCUCUCUCUCUCACUCUCACACACACUCACACACACACAGGUGCACACAUGAAGCGAACAGGACUGGACUGACGGGAGAAAUAUCACAUCAGAGAGAGGCGGUGAUGCGUGAAGGAUGUAGAGCCAGAGGUGGGGGCAGGAUGGAGUGCUCCUGGAAGACGGUUCUGCUGCUCGUGUGUGCGUCUUUAGGGGUCCAAUACACGGCCAUCCGAACCCUGAGGGACUCGCUGUCUGGACCCUGUCGGGGGGCUUACAGGUGCCGGAGCAGACACCAUGGAGACUCCAGAUGGACAGCUUUGUGUGAUGACAGCUGGAUGCCCAUUGAGUUUCCGCAAAAGCACAUACUGCUGUUUUCCACCACACGCAGCGGCUCCUCCUUCACCGGGCAGCUCCUCAACCAGCAUCCUGGGAUCUUCUACGUGUUUGAGCCUCUCUACCACGUCCAGCAGGCCUUCACUAACUCCAGCAGCAGGCUGCGUCGCACCUUGGACCGCCGAGCCCUGCUGGGAGCGUACAGAGACCUCCUAUUGAACCUUUACACUUGUGAGCUUCACUUCAUGGAGAAUUAUAUCCACCCUGAGCCUCAGGACCACAUCACAAGCUCUUUGUUCAGACGGAGCUCCAGCCACGCCCUCUGCUCUCCACCUGUGUGUUUGGAAGGGGUGGAUGCAGCUGAUCAACCCGAUGAAAGCUGGUGUCCGAAAAAGUGUGGGGCUUUGAAUCUUACUUUAGCCUCUAUGUCAUGUCUGUCCAGGGGACAUGUAGCCAUAAAGACUGUGCGGAUUCCUGAAGUUGGGGACCUGCGCACUUUGACCGAAGAUCCUCGCCUGGACCUGAAGAUCAUCCACCUGGUGAGAGACCCCAGAGCUAUACUGGCUUCACGCAUCAUGGCAUUCUCUGAACAGUUUCGCGCCUGGAAAAUAUGGAACGUGACUGGACGGCAGCCACGAUACGUGGACCUGUCGCAGAUCACGAGCACCUGUAAGGACAUGGCCGCCUCGGUCGAAACAGGCCUGCAGAGACUAGCGUGGCUGAGGGGACGCUACCUGCUGGUGCGAUACGAGGACUUGGCCCUCAGCCCAGAGACCCGAGCCACUGAGAUCUACAGGUUUGUUGGGCUGGAGAUGGAGGACAGGGUGAGGAUGUGGAUUGGGAGAAACACCAACAGUAAUGUGUCAAAUCCAUCUGAGUGGAAUUACAAAUACUCCACCACCAGAGACUCCAGAGUCACAGCAGAGAGCUGGAGGCUUCGCCUGAGCUUUGACAUCGUAAGAACAAUUCAGAAUCUUUGUAACGACACUCUGGCUCUGCUGGGAUACAGGCAGGUUCAUUCUGCUGCCGAGCUCAGAAACUUGUCACACAGUUUGGUGGAACACAGGACAUUUCAGCCUAUCACUUGAUGUCAGUGUUCAAAAUGUUAUUUAUUCCUCUUUAUGCUGAAGUUCCAGUCUGUUGAGAUGCUGAUGUAUGUCAUGUCAUCAGUGUUAAAAGUGCCAGAUUAAAAAAACAAAACAACUUGGGCUUAAAGCAGUUGAAGUCUGGUCCAGUGCAACUUCAGGAUUUUAUGUAAAACGUUUUGACCAGUAUUAAAACAAC